AUGGCUUCAGAAACCGCCUCUCAAUCCUCCAACCACUCCUCCUCAUACAGUAAAUACCAGAUUCAACAAUACCUUGACCUGAUAAAAUUCCCUCUGGACCACGACCACCUCAGUGGCUCCCUCCUUGAAGUUCCGCCAGAACAGCAAUAUGACUUCCUGGCCAGAUUAAUCCGUCGACAGAUAUGCAGCGUACCGUUCGAAAACAUUGGCCUACACUAUUCCCGCCAUCGUGAGAUCUCGCUCGACCCAAGUCAGCUCUUUCACAAGAUCGUCGAACAGCGCCGAGGCGGAUACUGCCUUGAGAUUAACACUUUCAUGGCUCUGGUCCUUCGAGGAUUGGGAUUUGAUGUGAUAUCCGUCGGAGGUCGAGUAUCCAACCAGAUCAAGCCCGAUAACAAGAAUAAACAAGUUGAAUACGGUGGCUGGACUCACAUGGUUAAUAUUGUGACCAUUGAGGACCAAAGAUACGCCGUGGACUGCGCCUUUGGGAACAAUGGCCCGACUCGCCCAGUUCCGUUGCGAGAUGGUUUUACAUGUCGCAAUACCGGCGACAACACUAACAAUAGUGAGAUGCUCCUCCGUCAUGAGAGCAUUUCAGAGAGCAGUAGCACUCCCAAACAACUUCUCUGGACUUACUACGUGCGCUUCAAGGCUUCAAUGCAGUGGAUACCUGCUUACUGCUUCGGUGAAAUCGAGUUUCUGCCCAAUGACUUUCGUGCCAUGAACUUCUAUAUCAGCAAGAGCCCGGAGUCGUGGUUCACACAGAUUCUGGUAUGUAUGAAGUUCCUGGAGGAUCCAAAUACUACUUCUAGUACUGCGGACCAGGUCAUCAUCGGUGACAUCACUCUUCGAGGUGAUACCGUGAAAGAACGGAAGUAUGGCCAGAGCAGGAUCAUCGCGACAUUCCACGGCGAAGCAGAUCGCAUUGCCGCCCUACAGACAUACUUUGGGAUCGAGCUUACUGCGGAAGAACGUAUGGGUAUCAGCGGAAUGAUCUCCCAGCUUCGUUAA